AUGCUCCUGCCAAGGCUGAGCAGAACAUACAUAUUUCUGCGCCUCCUGGAGGCGGCCUCGACCUGGUAUCUCAGCGCACAGCAUAAGCCAGUGCCGGUGCCGAGGAAGCCCAGCUACGAGGCCGGGAGACAUGUCAGCCUCGUGGUGCCCACCGUCGACACGCCCAACGAAUUUGCGGCGUCGCUGCGCACGUGGGCCAGCGCCGGCCCCAAGGAGAUCAUUGUCGUGACGGUCCCGCACGACGCGGCCCGGGUCAGAGCCCUGGUGGCGGCGGCGCUGGUGCCGGCCGGGGUGCCGGUGACGGUGCUCACGCACCCGCGCGCCACCAAGCGCGGCCAGCUAAGCUGCGGCAUCCGCCAUAGCACCGGCGCCAUCAUCGCCGUCGCCGACGACGAUACGUACUGGAAACCCUCGGUGCUGGCACACCUGCUCGCUCCCUUCGAGGACCCCUCGGUGGGCGGCGUCGGCGGCCGGGGCCGGGCGGCCGCGCCGCCGCCCGGGCGCCAUAAGUGGAACUGCUGGGAGGCCGCCGCCGCAUUGCGCAACUGGAGGUUCGGAAUCAACGAGGCCGCUAAUAAUGCUCUUGGCGGUGGCUGCUUUGUCCUCUCGGGCCGCACCGCCCUAUAUCGCGCCGAAAUCUUACGCCAGGACGCUUUCCUCUACGCCUUUACCCACGACUACUGGCUCGGCAAGUACCUCCUCGACUCCGGCUGCGUCGCGCCCAACCUGGAAGCAGUUCUGGGAGAGGAACCCUUGGUCUCGUCCAGCUGGUAUUGUAACGGUCUCAACUGA